ACUCAAACAGCCGUUCCCACCGGUGUUAGUCACUCUAAAAAAUCUUUUUUUUUUACCAAAAAAAAUAAAGAUGUUGAGUGUACUAUUUUUCAUAACUGCCGCCAUUUUGGUGGCAUACAAAUUUUAUUCGAAUAACACCGUAACUUGUAAGAAAGUUAACAAAUACGGUGAUGAUAAAGUUUUAGUUUUGAAAGAAGCACCGGGGCCUACACCCUUACCGGUUAUCGGUAAUUUACAUCUUUUGGGGAAGCAUGAAUCCCCAUUCCAGUCUUUCACUGACUUGGCGAAAGACUAUGGGGAUAUCUUUAGCUUGAAAUUGGGAACAGCUAAAUGUUUAGUAGUCAACAAUUUGGAGUUAAUUCGCGAAGUUUUGAACCAGAAUGGAAAGUUCUUUGGCGGUCGACCUGACUUCCUACGCUUCCAUCAGCUAUUUGCCGGAGACCGCAAUAAUUCACUAGCCCUUUGCGACUGGUCGAACCUGCAGCUCCGCAGAAGAAACCUGGCGCGCCGCCACUGCGGUCCCAAGCAACACACUGACAACUACGCCCGCAUCGGAGACGUCGCCACCUUCGAGUCAGUAGAACUCAUCCAGACCCUCAAAGGUAUCACUAGGAACUCCGACGAAGCUCUCAACCUAAAACCGAUCUUAAUGACAACUGCUAUGAACAUGUUUACCCACUAUAUGUGCAAUGUAAGAUUCGACGCGGACACAGACAAAGAUUUUAAGAAAAUCGUUGACCAUUUCGAUGAAAUCUUCUGGGAGAUCAACCAGGGAUACGCUUUGGAUUUCCUGCCUUGGCUCAAACCGUUCUACAAGAAGCAUUUGGAUAAACUUUCCAACUGGUCUUCUGAUAUCCGUGCCUUCAUCCUCUCAAGGAUUGUGGAGCAAAGAGAAAUGAACUUGGACAUUGAGGGGCCAGAAAAAGACUUUUUGGAUGGUCUACUCAAAGUCCUUCACGAAGACCCGACUGUAGACAGGAACACGAUCAUUUUCAUGUUAGAAGACUUCCUUGGUGGACAUUCUUCUGUCGGAAACUUGGUUAUGUUAUGCCUCACAGCUGUCGCUAGGGACCCAGAAGUAGGAAGGAAGAUUAGGGCAGAGUUGGACGCGUUGACAAAAGGCAAACGGCCCGUCAGUCUUCUGGACAGACAGAGCAUCCCGUACACAGAAGCUACAGUUCUAGAAUGCCUAAGAUACGCCUCAUCGCCCAUCGUACCUCAUGUAGCGACAGAGAACGCGACCGUCGCAGGAUACGGAGUCGAGAAAGGAACGAUAGUCUUCAUAAACAACUAUGAGCUAAACACGUCAGAGGAAUACUGGGAAAGACCAGAGGAAUUUGACCCUUCACGCUUCUUGGAGAAGACUAAAGUUCGUGUGCGCAGAAAUUCGUUGUGCGAUUCUGGUAUGGAGUCUGAUGGUGAAAGGCCUUCGAAGCAGGCUGAAGGUAAUGUGGAGAAGGAGGUAUGGUCGGUAAAGAGGAACAUCCCUCAUUUCUUGCCAUUCAGUAUUGGGAAGCGCACCUGUAUCGGUCAGACCCUUGUUACAACAAUGAGUUUUGUCAUGUUCGCCAAUAUUAUGCAAGAAUUUGAAGUCGGGGCGGAAAGUCUAGAAGAUCUGCGUCAAAAGCCAGCUUGCGUAGCUUUACCUAAAGAUACCUACAACUUGUACUUGAUACCACGUAAACAUUGAUUCGGAAUUGAUGAGUAUUUUGAGCUUGAUUUCUUUUUUGGGCUUUGUUUCUAGUUUGAGAGUCUUGGUUUUAUGAAAAUUUGUAUUGGAAUUCUAAUGUAGGUAUGCAAUUUGAAAAUGAAUAUCAAAUCGACUGCACGGUUGGCGCGGUGGCUGGGCAACUGGCUGCCGUGCAACGUGUAGCGAGUUCUCCCGCACAGAGCAACUCUUUGUGUGAUCCACAAAUUGUUGUUUCGGGUCUGGGUGUCAUGUGUAUGUGAACUUGUAUGUUUGUAAACGCACCCACGACACAGGAGGAAAAUCCUUUUGUAUACUAAUGAUUUAGACAAAACCAUAUCGUUUUAAAGUCUUCAAUGUAGAUUCUCUUUCUUAAACGAAUACCAAAAAAGAAUCAAGAAGGGUUCGCUCAAAAAUUUAAUUUAUUUUCUUUGAAAUAAUUCGAUUACUUUUUCUUAAAUAAGUUAUUUUUCUUAUCAUUAUUUUUUCGGUAAUCUGACAAGGCAUUACGUGGGUAACAUUACGAAAAAUAUUCAAAUAUUUAUAGUACAAUUACUUGAAUUACAAAUUGCAGAAUCUUGGGAUCAAAAUGAAGGUUUUAUGUGAAUGUGGGAAUAUGUGAUUGUCACUAAGUUUUUAGGAAAUGCAUUUCAAAUCAUAAUAGAAUCUCAAAACUAAAAAUAUAUUGUACAAAGAGGUAAUGUAAGGAACUUUAUAAUCAAAAAGUUUAGUACACCAAUUCUAUUUUAAAUUACAAAAAAAAAAAAACUGUAAAGUGAAAAGUGGUUGUACAUUUUAAUUUGCACCUCUGCCUACCCCUUCGGGGAUGAAAGGCGUGAAAAACAAUUUUGUAUUUUUAUAGUAACUGUCGUGAGACAUACUAAUUUAACUAAAUCAGUCAUCAGGAUCGCUCAUGAUGAAAAGUCCCUCUUUGACUCAAAACUAGUACCUAGAGCUUUUCUCCAUUAAUGUUCGUGAUUUUUUAGUUAGAACUAUUUGAGAUAAUUUAAAUUCUUUUUAACACCAAAUAAUUAACUAUUUAACAAAAAUACUUAAUUUGAUUAUAAAGUUCCCUGCAUACCUUUAUAUUAGCUAAGAUAAAAAAUACAAAAAUGUAGUUAUAACGACAGAAAAGUUCCUUUUAAAAUACUAACUUUAUAUAAAAAUGUUGCAUUUUAAACUAGAAUAUAUUUUUUCAUACAUAGGCAAUAAUUGGGGGUAUAAACGUAAAAAAAAAAACGACUGUAUCAUGCUUAGUGGACUAAUGCUUGUAUUUAGUUUAAAAAAAAAUGUUUCAAAUGAAGAUUUAUGCUAAAAGAAUGACACAUUAUCAUUUUAAAAUGCAUUUUUUUAUCAUAUGAAACAUUUUUUUGUGUAGAAAUGUAGUAUUUUAGUUUUUCAUUAAACGUAGUGAAUUUGAUCAUCUCUUAGAGUUCUUUUUAAUUAUAAAAUCUCAUCAAUAUUGGCUGUUUUAAAAAAAAUAUGACACCGAGAGAGCGUUUAGUUAGAAAGUUGAUAAUAGCGACAUCUAGUAUCGAGUAGACAAAGCAUUUUCGUGUUAAUUUAUAAUUUACAUCGCUCUUCGGUUCUAAUUGGGUAAAUGAAUGUUUGAUGUUGUAUUAACUUGUAGAACUGGUAAAAUCAUUAGAAAUAGUAAUUAAAAUAUAGACUUAAAACGGGGGAAAAUUAUGUAAAACACUCUUAUUAAGAAUUACUUAGAUGUUGUUUAUUAAUUUAAAAUAAAUAAAAUAUAAUAAUUACUUAAAAUGUUACUACAAAAGUUCCUAAAAGACGAAAUUAUUGUAUAGUUUGAACAAUUUAUAAUAAUAAUAAUUAUGGCUUAUUUCCAAAGAAUUGUAACGUUGUAUUAAUUUAAUUCAAAUACUUUCCUUGUAGACGCAAAAUUUAAUUGUCAAAUUGUAUUGCCGCCAUUUUCAAAUACGUCGCCAUCUUUUUAUGUAACCACAGAUUAAAAAUAAUUUUGUAAUGACUGUGAAUGAAUGAAAGAAUGAUUUUGACAGUUGCCGAAUAUAAAAUUUUUGUAAAAAUAAAUAAUGAAAUGACUUGAUAAUGUAGUAGUGUUAGUUUAAAUGUGAUCUAUAGUUGAAUUAGAAAAGAAAUUAUAGAGAAUCUUUUGCAAAUGA